UAUCAACCUGGCCGCCAUGAUCUCCGCGCUCGCUUGGGUACCUAAAGGCGCGUCGCGCCGCAUUCCGGAGAAGCUAAAGCUGACCGAUGACGAAGUGAAAAUGAUGCGUGAGUCUGCUACAGAGGAAGAGGUGGAGGAACAGAGCGCCAUGGAAGCUGCAAUGGCCGAGGAAGACGCAGAGCAGCAGAUCUCCGCUAAUCAGGAUGAAAAGGACAGCAACGGACUCCCUGCUUCGUUUAAGAUGGACGAUUACGAUGAUGAAGACGAUGAUGCAGCCAUCAAUAAUUACCUGAGUGGCGGCGCCGGUGCUGUCGAAGAGGACGAAGAGGAGGACGAAAUGACCGACCAGCCCGAUGAGGAGGGCAACGUGGCCAUGGAGGACGACGAAGACGAUCAGGACGACGAGUUGGAGAUGGACAAAGACGACCUGGAGAUUCGAUCUACGGAUAGCGUUAUCCUUGUAGCCAACACGGAGGAAGACUUCAGUAACCUCGAAGUGCAGGUCUACGACGAGGAGAACGGCGCGCUCUACGUGCAUCACGAGAUCAACCUACCAGCCUUUCCACUGUGCAUGGCCUGGAUGGACUGCGCUCCAGUCCCUCUUGACCCGACGACGGGGCCGGUGGACGGCAGCUUUGUCGCGGUGGGUACAUUCAAGUCUGGUAUUGAGAUCUGGGACCUCAACGUGCUGGAUGUUCUCGAGCCCUCAGCAACGCUCGGUGGUGAACAGGAUGAAGAUUUGCGUGAUGUAGCCAUGCCCAAGAUCUCGAAGCGACGGAAGAACCGCAAGACAGCGCUCAAGCCUGGUAGUCACCAGGACGCUGUUAUGUCGCUUGACUGGAACAACAGCCACCGUAACAUGUUAGCCAGUGGCUCGGCCGACUCGACUGUUAAGGUGUGGGAUAUCACGACACAGAAGUGCUUGUAUACUAUGGCGCACCACAGCAGCAAGGUGCAGAGUGUACGCUGGAACCCGGCCGAGACUACGGUGCUUGCUAGUGCGUCUUUCGACCGUACAAUCGUUGUGCUGGAUGGCCGUCAGCCAGACGCUUUCUCUAAGUUCCAAUUGUCUGGCGAGGUCGAGAGUAUUGCGUGGGCACCACACAACCCAAGCACUAUCGUGGCAUCUUCGGAAGACGGCGUUGUUGUGGGCUUCGACGUGCGCAUGAACGGCUCGGCUCCGUUGUUCCGUUUCGACGCACACGCUGGUGCCGUGUCGGCAAUUUCAUUCUCUGCUCAAGUGCCUGGUCUGCUUGCGACUGCUGGUGUUGAUAAGACCGUCAAACUCUGGGACCUUAAGGACAACGCACCCUUGUGCGUCACCUCGAAGGAGAUGAAUGUGGUACGUCGCAAUAUUGCUCCAGGUGAGCUGUUCACAUUGUCUUUCUACCAAGACUCGCCGUUCAUGCUCGGCGUUGGUGGCUCGAAGGGCGUGCUGGCGCUGUGGGAUACCUCUGAGAACGAAGGUGUCGAGCGCCGAUUUGGCUCUCGUUUGCAGGGGGCUGCCACAACUGCGUCUAGCGAUAUUUCGGCUUCUUUCCGAUCUCCAUUCCAGCUUGGAGAAGAGUUGGCGCUCGAGGAUGAGCGUGAGAAACAGCAGCAACAGGGCAAGAAGAAGUCAGGCAAGGGCAAGAAGGGCAAGAAAAACUAG